AUGACUCUUGACCUUAGAUUUAAUAAAUUAAGACCUCAAGAUAUUUCUGACUUAGCAGCUUCAUUGUCAAGCUGCAUCAAUCUCUUAACUUUGGCAUUAGAUCUUGGGUACAAUAAAAUUGGAGAGUAAAAUCUAACAGGCUUAGAUAGUGCUUUGUUUAAUUCAAUAAAUUUAACCAAUUUAACACUGGAUUUAAGAGGUAAUAAAAUUGGGGAGGAGGGCGCAUUAAGUUUAGGUUUUGCUUUAGGAUAAUAUUCUAAUCUAUAAACUUUGACUCUCUGCCUUUAGUUAAACUAAAUAGGUAAUGAGGGUACAACUAAUUUAUGUUUUGGUUUAGUUAGUUGUAGCAAUCUUUCUGAUUUGACUAUCAAUCUUGAUUAAAAUGAAAUACGUCUAAGUGGAGCUACUGAUUUAGGUACUACUUUUGCAAAUCUUACUAAAUUAUAAAAAUUAAAGCUCUCUCUUAGUUAAAAUCAAAUAGGUGACAGAGGUAUAAAAAGUUUAUGUACUGGCUUAGCAAACUGCAAAAAUCUCUUAGAUUUAACACUCGGAAUUUAAUAAAACUUAGUUAGUCAUUAAGGUGUUUUAGAUCUAGGUUUGCAUUUAGCUGAUUGUAUUCAAUUACAAAAUUUAACACUUUAACUCAAAGAGGUUUAGCAUAUUGAAGGACCAUCUGUUUUAGGUAUAAAUUGUCUUUAUAAUUUAGGAUCUUCUUUGAUGAAAUGCGAACAUCUCCAUAUUUUAACUCUCAGUUUAUCAUAUAGGGAUAUUAACAAAGUUUCAAAACAAAAACUAGUAACUAAACUUUAUAAAACAAAAAGACUACUUAGGACAAUAAUAAAUUAUUAAGGAUGA